UGUGUUUAUCUAACAUUUAAAAUAUUUAUUAAUACCAUAUCAUUUAAAAGAGAAAAGUCGAUGAAGUUUAAUAAAAAUAUAUAUAUCAACAAAUAUGCCCGAUAUUACACAAAACAUACACUCGGGGUAUAGAAACACAAGCACGCGCAGAAUAACGAGAGUGGGCUAGACUUCCUGCGGGGGGAUCGAUGGUGCGUUAUAUAUAGGAGGAGAGGGGAGUCUGGAAUGGUCUAUAUCCGUGUACCAGAGGGACCGCAGCAGAAGUGACGGUCAAUUAACGAGCCAUUGUCAGAUCGCUGCCAAAAACUCUUGUCAAAACAAUUCCAAAAACGGAUAUUAGCUUUUAUUGAAAAACAAAGGUGGAAUUUGAUUUUUUUGGAAAUUUUACGAUUUCAAUCGCGAAGAAUAAUUUAAUUUUGUUGAUUAACUUUAACGAGGAUUAGAUAAUUAACACUGCGACAUUAUUUGGGUGUGAGAGUGAGAGAGAGAAACAUGUUCGCCACGGAGCCCGCGGUUAUGUCCCCUACCCAGGAUCCUGCGGCCGUUAAGCGGCGCCUGGCUUUCCAAAAGAGUUACAGUCAAGAGCACGGUGGGUCAUGGCGGAGAAAAAGCUUAAUCGAGGAUGCAAAAUUCGAAACCGUGACAAACAUUGAAUUUGCCAAGCGGGAGAGAACACUCAGUAACCGAGGCUCCAUCAGCGAAGAAGAGGAAGUCUUCAUCCAAAAUGGCGAGACGACGUCACCAGUGGAAACCGAGCCGUCGCGUGUCUACGUCAUUCUGGUAACACUAAAAGAAGGAAUGACUUCGUCACUGUCCCGGAUUAUUAGGGUGUUUGAAACGACAAAGGUUGUUGUGGAACACAUAGAAUCUCGGAAGUCCCAGAAACCGGGCGCCAUAUUUGAUGUUUUGAUACAGUGUGUGUGUCCCCGCCAAAAAGUGACGUCAUUAAUGAACACAAUUCGGCAGAAUCCAUCAACCGUGGAGGUGUCGGUCAUUGGAGACAAGGAAACGGAGGUUAAAGAGGCGUGGUUUCCCCGGCACAUAGCAGAGCUGGAUAACUGCACACAUCUCGUCACAAAGUUUGAACCCGAGCUAGAUUGUGAUCACCCGGGCUUUACAGAUGAAGUUUACAAGGAGCGCCGGAAACAAAUAGCGGACAUCGCGUUCGAGUACAAACAUGGUCAUCCCAUUCCCCGAGUCCAGUACACGGAGGAGGAGGUAGCCACGUGGGGUCACGUGUACAGGCACCUUAAGGAACUGUUCCCCACGCAUGCGUGUCGUGAGCACAUUGAAGCUUUCUGGGGACUGGAGAAGGAAUGUGGAUACAGCGAGAACUCCAUACCUCAGCUAGAGGAUGUGUCAAACUUCCUUAAACGUAAAACCGGAUUCCAGCUCCGUCCAGUUUCUGGCUUACUCUCUGCCAGAGACUUCCUGGCCAGUCUCGCCUUCCGGGUCUUUCAGUGUACGCAGUAUGUAAGACACGGAUCGAAGCCGGACCAUUCCCCGGAACCAGAUUGUGUCCACGAGUUGUUAGGUCACGUGCCGAUGUUGUCAGUUCCUGCGUUUGCGCAGUUCUCACAGGAAAUAGGACUAGCGUCACUUGGGGCCUCAGACCAGGAUAUAGAAAAACUAGCGACGCUUUAUUGGUUUACGGUGGAAUUCGGUUUAAUUCGUCAAGACGGAACUCUCCGAGCCUACGGCGCCGGAACUCUGUCUUCAUACGGGGAACUGAAGCAUGCCCUCUCAGACAGCCCUAGACAACUUCCGUUUAACCCGGCAGUGACGUCGGUACAGGAGUACACAGACGAAGACCUACAGCCUGUGUACUUCUUUGUCGAGUCAUUUGAAGACAUGAUGCAAAAAAUGAGAGACUACGCCUCCUCCAUUAAGCGGCCCGCUGAUCUGCGCUAUGACCCCUUCACGCAGACGAUUCAGGUGAUAGAGAAGAGGGAGACCCUGGAGACGGUAUCAGCCUCACUCCGGACAGAGAUCGCUAAUCUAGAGAAACUCGUCAAAAGGGUGGACCUAAUUAGUGUAUAACCGAUAAAGACCUAAUUAGUGUAUAACCGAUAAAUGUAGUACUGUAGAAUGGAUCAGUUCGUAUAAAACUAUUGGAUACAUUCGUAUAUAGACAUCUAUAUUCAUUAUAUGACUUUUUUGUCAGGAUGAUAUUUUGUUGUGUAGUUUGAGACGAAUUUUAUUGACAAAAUUGUCAGGAAUUGAAUACAAGGUUUAUUUACUUAAGAAGUAUUCUUCGUCCCUAUAUGAGUAUAAGACUACCUGAAACAUGUAAAAAUUAAUUUUUCAUUUCAUUACGUCACAAUUCAGAUAAGCUGUAAGCAUUGACCUGUUAUAUACAUGAUAGUGCAGCAGAAGUAAUUGCAUUGUGUCAGGAUGAGCUUUGUUUUGAUACCUGUGUAUAUACGCACAUGAUAGAUAUUACAUGGAAUGCCUCAUGUCAAAUCGUAAAUAGGGCCAGCAUGGCGUCACAUUCAUAAAACCCUUGUUUUAUAUUUUAACGUUUAAAUAAAUCUGACCAUUAUUGAAAUAUACUUUCAUCUUUAUGAAGAGCAUUCUCAUAAAACAUUAUUUUUGUUCUUUUAUUACAUUUUUUGUGUAAAAUUAUGUUGGUUUUUAUCCAGUUUAAGACAGCGUUUAAAUUGGGUAAUUUUGCCCCGCUUCUAUUAUUGAUGUUACUUCACUUGUUAUAUUGACAAGAUUGUAAAGCUCCACAUCCUAAACUUGAAGAAGGAAAGUUUUGAGUUUUCUACUCAUGUAAACAAUCAUGUUAUAUCUCUAUUAACCUUGAGUUGUGGCAUUUGAGCCAUUUCCGCAUUUUAAGUUUUAUAGUACUAUGAAACAUUUUAUCCUGGAUUGAACACUCCUAUAUUGUAGCAGAAUAUUACCUGUUCACUCAUUUUGAUGCUGUCUAUCGUAAACAUCAAAAAUAAAACAAUGUU